AUGCUGCGCUACUUGGCCAUUGCAGGCCUUUGGAAGGUCCUGGCGGCAGCGGCCUGUACCGCCGCGGCGCCUUGCUCUACCUACACAAUCAUCAACACGCGAGGCACUUCAGAGCCGCAAACCGAGUCUUUGGGGUUUCAGCUUAUGAACCGAAAUAUUCACAGCCAGCGACCAGGAGGAAAGACCUAUAACACUGUCUACUUUGCAGAUACUGUCCACAGUCCAAAAAUCGGCACCGAAGAUAUUCUGAACCAUAUGAACUCCACUCUCGCUAGCAGUCCAGACGAAUGCUUUAUUCUUCAGGGAUAUUCUCAGGGAGCCUCGGCUACUGUUGGCGCGCUUCCCUACCUUACAGGUGCUUUAUUUGACGCCGUCAAAGGCGUCUUUCUGAUUGGCAACCCAUUCCACAAAGCAGCGUUAGCCUGCAACGUCGACAUCAACGGCGGAAGCUCGACGGCUGAUGUGGAUGGUGCUUUCGUCUUCCUCGACACCACGCUAGCAGUCCCCGAUGACUGGGUCUCAAAGACGCUCGACGUAUGCAACUUUGGCGAUGGAGUCUGCGAUUCCACGCAUGGAAAAGGCAUUACUGUAGAACAUUACGACUACAUAACAAAUUUAAGCGUGCAGGGCAUGGGCGCCGGGUUUGCUCUUCGACAACUCUCAAAGGCCGCAGAAGGCUGCAAGUAA